GUGCCCGUCGGUUCGGGAGACUGCACGGCGUAUUCCGCACAGUUCCGAUACGCGAGAUUCAAAGUUUCUUAGUUUAGAAUUAUAAAACAAUUUGGGAUAAAAGAUAACGUGAUGAAUAAAUGAUUUAGAUGAUGCACAUCCCGACCGAAAUAACCACAAAGCAGCGGCAUGGAACAAUUCGACAUCUUGAGACCACGUUGAAAGCAAAAAAUUCACGAUAAAUCAUACCAACAAUAUCAGUUUGUAAACAAAAUGCCGAGAAUAAAGAAUUAAUGAUUAGUAAAGACAAACAAUUUGACUUUAUCAGCAACAACCCCAACUGUGUCGCGACGAAUUUUCCUUGGAUUUUUUCAAUAAUGAAAACUAAAAUGUAAAACUGAGUUUUAUCGCCCACAGUGCUGUGAUUUUUUUUUUUAAUAAAUAAGACUGAUAAUAUUAUUAUUGACAAAAUGUGGACGUAUUUAUUAUUAAUUUGUGUGCUAAAUAGUGCCCUGUUAGUGUCUGGGUCAGUGUUGCUGGAAAAUAGCUACAGUAGGACUAUGAUGAGGGUCAACCAGAGUAAUGAGAAAUAUAGUAUUGAUGAGUUGAUGAACAGUGUCUUUCCUAAGAAAAUUUCCGAUGAUGUUUAUCUGGAUCCUUGCAAAGCUGGCAACUUUUUGGGUGAUAUCGCCAUUCCAGAAGCGUUUACACCGAAACCAAAAAUCAAACACUCGUUGUUACAAGAAGAAGUUGAAAAGUAUAAACAAGAGGUAUUAGAAGGUCUGCAAAUCGAAGAAGAAGGCCUCACCGAUUACAUUCGCAAAAAAACCAAACAAGCUUCGAACGUCGAUUCAUUAAAAAGUAACAAUGAUCCAUUCGAAAAAAUGUACACAUCAACGUCCCACAAAAACAAGCAAAUUUUAAACGGUGGCUUUGGCAGUCGUCUUUUGUCAUCGACUUCAGCUCCAGUUUCAUCUACAACCGCUAAAGAUGCGGACCACAAACGAAGAAAAAGGCAUCAAAACAGGAGAAAAAGAAGAAAAUUCAGACAAACGAAUUCGAACCAGAAGCUGCAGGCAUUGUUUCAAGAGACUCCGGUGCACGAAUUCGAGCCGCAUUUUGAUUUGAAAAGAAAAUCAACUGACGAGCAAACUUUGAGACGUGUCACAAGAGCUGCAACUGCAAGAAAGGAGAGAGUUUGGGAUUAUGGAGUUAUACCUUAUGAAAUUGAUGGAAAUUUUAGUGGUUUGCACAAAGCCCUUUUCAAACAGGCAAUGAGACAUUGGGAAAAUUUCACCUGCGUGAAAUUUGUCGAAAGAAAUCGGGACGAACAUCAGAACUAUAUUAUUUUCACUGAACGGCCAUGUGGUUGCUGCUCUUUUGUUGGCAAACGUGGCAAUGGAGGCCAAGCCAUAAGCAUUGGGAAAAACUGCGACAAAUUUGGAAUUGUAGUCCACGAAUUGGGUCACGUGGUAGGAUUUUGGCACGAGCAUACUCGACCAGAUCGUGAUAAUCAUGUGAAUAUAAUUAGAGAAAAUAUUAUGAGCGGUCAGGAGUAUAACUUCAAUAAGUUGAACGAAGAAGAAGUUAAUUCGUUAGGCUUAACUUACGAUUACGACUCAAUAAUGCACUAUGCCAGAAAUACUUUUUCCAAAGGAACUUAUUUGGAUACUAUCCAACCGGUUGAUAUGCCAGGACGUAGAAGACCUGAAAUCGGCCAGAGGGUCAGACUUAGCGAAGGAGAUAUUGCACAAACUAAUUUGCUUUAUAAAUGUCCCAAAUGUGGAAGAACUUUCCAGCAAAACUCUGCAACAUUUGCACCACCUUUAUAUCAUAGCGAUAAAAUUCCAGAAGAGGGUAUACGAUGUGAAUGGAGAAUCACUGCAACUCAUGGAGAGAAAAUUGUAUUGAAUAUUACAGCUUUAGAUAUUGGAAAGUCCCCAGAGUGCAACGAAGAUUACGUAGAGGUCAGAGAUGGAUACUGGCACAAAUCUACCGUCCUUGGUGUCUAUUGUGGCACUGGUCAAGUGCCACAAAUAACAUCCACAGGCAGCAGAAUGUUGGUAUCGUAUGUUUCGAAAAGGCCCAAAGGUCAUAGAGGAUUUACUGCGUAUUAUGAAGCUGUUUGUGGCGGUGACUUCUUCAUAGACGCAGAAGGCCACCUGGAAUCACCAAACUAUCCAGAAGAAUACCAUCCAAAUAAAGAAUGCAUUUGGAGAAUCACUGUACCACAAAACUACCAAGUAGCUUUAAAAUUCCAGAGUUUUGACGUUGAAAAUCACGACAAUUGCGUGUACGAUUAUGUGGAAAUUAGAAAUGGAAUAACUUUGGAUUCACCCAUUAUCAAAGUGUUCUGCGGUCACAAAGUCCCAGCCGACAUCAUAUCCACAUCCAACCGCAUGCUAGUGAAGUUUGUAUCGGACGGUUCAGUGCAAAAAGGUGGAUUUUCAGCUACCAUAAUGAAAGAGUACGAUGAAUGUUCCAAAAUCGAUCACGGUUGUGCUCAGUUGUGUAUCAACAACUUGGGAAGCUACAGUUGCGCCUGUAGAAUUGGAUAUGAGCUUCAUUCAGAUGGAAAAAAUUGUGAAGAUGCAUGCGGAGGUGUUUUCGAUGUAGCAAAUGGAACAAUUACAUCACCAUCCUUUCCAGAUUUUUAUCCAUUUGACAAAAAUUGCGUUUGGGAAAUUAUAGCUCAACCACAAUACAAAAUCACUUUGAAUUUUACUCACUUUGAUCUAGAAGGGAACAAUGCGCAACAACAGCAAUGCGAAUACGAUCGAGUGGACAUUUUCAGCAAACUCAAAGAAGGCAAAUUAAAGAAACACGGCUCGUAUUGCGGCUCAAAAGCACCAGGAUUAAUUACGUCAGAAAGCAACAUUAUGCGGGUGGUGUUUUAUUCGGACACUAGUGUCCAGAAAACUGGAUUUGCUGGUAUAUUUUUUUCAGAUAUGGACGAGUGUGCUAAAGACCACGGUAACUGUCAGCACGAGUGCCUCAACACCCUCGGCUCUUACAUUUGCACGUGCCACAACGGUUACACUUUACAUGAAAAUGGUCGCGACUGCAAAGAAGGCGGCUGCAAAUACGAAAUAACUACCCCAACAGGAUCUUUGGGUAGUCCUAAUUAUCCUGAUUAUUAUCCUGGAAGAAAGGAUUGUGUAUGGCACUUCAGUACGACUCCAGGUCAUCGUGUACGAAUCGUUUUUCUUUUCUUCGAAUUGGAACCACAUCAAGAAUGCGCCUACGACCAUGUAGAUUUCUACGACGGUUCUUCACCAGAAUCUCCCUCACUAGGAAGAUUUUGUGGAUCAAAGUUGCCUCACAUGAUUGUUGCUAGCGGAAAUCAACUUUAUAUGACUUUCAGGUCAGACGCAAGUGUUCAAAGAAAUGGAUUUUCAGCUUCUCAUUCAACUGUGUGUGGUGGAAUGCUACAAGCAACGCAAGAUAAAAAGCAUAUUUAUUCUCAUGCUAAGUUUGGAGGUUCCAGCUAUGAUAACAGAGCGGAUUGUGAUUGGACCAUUGAAGCACCGCCUGGCUACAACGUUCAUUUAUCGUUCUUAACAUUUGACGUAGAAGAUGAGAAAGACUGCGGAUAUGAUUUUGUGGAAAUAUUCAGUGGAUUAGAUUCCAGCGGACCAACUUAUGGCAAAUUUUGUGGAACAAAAAAACCAUUUGAUAUAAUAUCUACAAAUGAAGCUUUAUUGAUACGUUUUCGAUCUGACGACACUUUGGUCAGUAAAGGUUUCAGCUUGGUGUAUGAAGCAGUUCUAUCUGACAGCGUUGAUAGCGAUGAAGAAGAUAUUUAAAUUCCAUAAUUCUAGAAUUUUAUUGAUAACUGCCAAUAUCCUAUAGUAUCAAUAAUUGUUAGUGCGUUUAUAGAUUUUUUUAAUAAAUCGAUUGCCCACAUGCUAUUUCUAUGCUCUUCUAGAGGGCGCUGAAUGUAUUGAAACAAUUUGAUUUUUUAGCUAGACUUAGCUACUAAAAGAUAGCACAAUGAUACUCUCAAUAAUGUAUGAAUGUUUUUCUUUUUUACAUUUUAUAGUUAUUGUGCCAUAGAGUAUAAUGUUUAAUUUUUCUAUAGAUACAAAAGUAUUUCCAUUAUUUUAAUUAUUAAUGUUUCUUUUCCACAAUAUUCGAUUUUCGUUUCUAAUCCAAUGUUAUUUGAUUAACUAGAUAUAAGUACUUAAGAAUUAGGAAGCUAGUAUUAGGACAAUACCUACUUAUUCGCUUUGGUAAGGAUUUUACUCAAUAAUGUUGAAUCCAUAGGUAAAGUGUUUGAUUUUAAGUGAUCUACUGUGUGUUUUAGGACAGAAGUAGUUUAGAAGUCUACUUAAAUAUAAGCAAAUUUCACUUGGAUCUGUUUUGAAUGUUGUCGAUGUCGUAUGUAUCAUUUUAUAUACGUAUGUAGUAUGUUGUAUAUAAAAAUACGGUUUUAGAAAGUUUUAUGUGUCAAAAAUAAACGUUUAAUGAA